AUGCUGGAACUAGACUCGAUCCAAGCCGCAGCUUGGUGGUUGGUGGUCUCAGCUCGGGUGGCUCUGCCGCCGCCCUCAUCGGGAGCAUAUCUGACGCAAACUUUGGCUGAGAUCGAGGACUUUUCUGGACUGACUCAUCUCCUGAACUCCAUCACUGGUGUCUUCUCGGGGAUACCGUUCUCAGUGAAGGAAGCCAGGCUUCCAGCACAGUAUCGGGAUAUAUCCAAAUCCACAGAUGAGCCCGUCGAAAACAAGGCUCAGAGUGAUGCAAUGCGCCUAUAUCUGAAGGGUCACCCCCCUGCUGUCGCUCCUUGGAUCUCACUCAUCAAUCGGCACUUAUCCGAUUCCAAGAUUACCCGAAGCCAUCCAACAAAGGGCUUCAUAUAUGGCGGGGAAUUGGACCAGUUCGGUGAUAAUGCUAUUAUCUCCGCACAUUGGCUCUCGAUGUGUAGUUUGAUAUAG